AAUCUGCCUGAUUGGGGAGAUAAUACAGAGUUACAUUUGACAAAUCCCAUCCACGAGCUGACGCCGCUUGACCUUUGCUCUCGUUGACGUUUUUUUUUAAUUAAGGACUUUGGCGUGGAACGAAUGCGGUUAGAGAUCUUCAAGGGAAACAAAAGCGAUGCGAAAGAGAAUCGUCGGAGAAGGCGCUGGUGGAAGAGCGGCGAAGAAGAGGAGGAGGAGGAGGGACGAAUGAGACCGCUGAGUGCGCGUCUCCCGGAGCCGGGCAGUGCCUAACUCGGCUGCAGGCCUCUGCUGCCGGUUAAUUCCGCUCGGUACGCGUUUGGAACCUUGACCUGCGAGUUUGUAUUAACGUUCCAUUUCGGAAGUAACAUUUCGAAUUUGCAACAUUUUGUUGCAGCCCGGGAAAGACUUUUUAAAAAAAAACCCACACCGGGACUUCAGUCGUCAUUGUACUCAGUCGGCACUGGAACCAAGGCUCGCAGUUAAUUAUUCUUCGGCCGCCGUUUCAUGGCUUCCUCGCAUUUGCUAGUGUACAAAUGGCAAGGUGGGACGUUUACAGCGAGGAAUUCACUUUGACUCAUAGUGCGCCUGACAGUUCCCCCGCCCUUGACCCACCUUCUAGCACCUGCACUAUACUCCUGCAGCUUUCGACGGGGUGAAGGAAUUUUUGCCUCCAGUAUCAUUUCAGAGGGCUGUGUAAGCUCCUCUGCCUCGAGAAAUGGCUGGGAUGCCUGCUCCUGUUGUUCCUGCUGAUGUUGAGCAACCAAGUACAGGCAGCGUUCUGGCCAAUGGUGUGUGUACAGAGCCAAUGGGAUCGUUGCCACCGAGAACUGAUGACCAGGCACCAUCCUCGGCUCCAACGCUUUCACUGCCGGAGCCCGUGGGACACGGCCGCCACCCGUCUGCCCUCGGCCAGGGGCCUGCAGGUCAGGAAGCCGGUCGGGCUAUCGGCUCCACGACUUGGGGAGAUCAGGAGGUCAGCUGUGGCGAGCAGCGGGGUCACGGUGCGGGCGGUCCUCGUUCUGACCGCCAGCACCACACUCCCGACACCGCUCCGUUACACCAGGAUGCGCCAGGAACAAUGGAUCAGGGAGAGGGGCUGCCUGAUUGCCCAGUACCUACAAGUCAAGGAGAGACAGCCAAGGAGGACCUGCUGUUGAGCUCUUACGAACUGGUGCAGCCUCAUUGGUUCCACUGCAAAUUGGAAGACUCCAGGGCCGUGUGGAUCCCCUUCAGUAAACUAGACUCCCUCGUUCUGGAGGAGAAGUAUCGCUCCGCAUCGGACUCACGCGACGUGGUUGUGGCAACGGAUGGUGGGCGUUACGACGUGUUCCUGUCCCGGCGCUCCAGGCACGCGGUGUACUGGCAGGAGACUCCCAGCAAAGUGCGGAGGUGCACCUGGUUCUAUAAGGGAGAGAAGGACAGCAGGUUUAACCCCUACACCGAGGAGUUCAGCGAGCAGAUCGAGAAAACGUACGAAUUGUGUGUGGUAACUAACGAAUGGAGCCGGAAGGUGGAAUUUCCCACAGGAGAAGUCAUUAUCCUGCACAAUCCAAAGCUGAUGAUACAUUUCCAACCGUCGGGGUCAUUGGACGAGUGGGGAACUCCCUCUGCCGAGCAGAGUAAGCCGUGGGUCGUGAAAAGAGGCACAGAGCAGACCUACACGGACAUCUUUGCCGGGGAACCCGUGAAGGUGGAUCACUUGGUCUUCAUGGUGCAUGGAAUCGGACCGGCCUGUGACAUUCGAUUCCGCAGCAUCAUUCAGUGCGUGAACGAUUUUCGGAGCACUUCCCUCAGCCUGCUGCAAACACACUUCAGGAAGGCCCAGGACGAGCAGAAGGUUGGUCGAGUGGAGUUUCUGCCCGUCAAUUGGUACUGCACUUUGCAUGGAGACGCAACAGGGGUGGAUGAGGACAUCCGGAGGAUCACGCUGCCAAGCAUCAGCCGUCUGCGGCACUUCACCAACGAGACCCUGCUCGACCUCUUCUUCUACAACAGCCCCACCUACUGCCAGACCAUCGUGGACACGGUUGCCAGCGAGAUGAACCAUCUCUUGUCCAUCUUCCAGCAACGCAACCCGGACUUCAGCGGUGGCAUUUCGGUGACUGGGCACAGUCUCGGUUCCCUGAUCCUCUUUGAUAUACUGACAAACCAGCUAGAUGCUGAAUCUAGAGCACCUACGCCAAGACAACCACUUCUGAGGAGGAAUUGCCAUUCCUGCACCAAGGACCCGCGGAGCUUGGAGGAAGCCCUGAAAAUGCACGGGUUGUCUGAAUUCCAGAGUGUCUUGGAGAAGGAAAGAUUGGACUUUGACUCCUUGGCUCUGUGUUCGGAUGAUGAACUGAAGGACUUGGGGAUACCUCUGGGACCAAGGAAGAAGAUCCUCAGUUUGGCAAAGAAGUUGGCCCACGCCCAGGAGCACAGGGAAGAGCCGAACGUUGAGCCGGAGGUGAGAGGCAUCCCGGGGAAAGUCAGCCUGCCCUCAGAGGAGGAGGGGGCCGGCGAGCAGUCGCAGAGACCCCUGUCCACCAGCAGCCUCACCUCUGUGAACUACGAGCAGUUUGACGUUGGCAUCGGUCAGGUCCUGGUAAAUUAUCCACGUCUGAAUUUUGAGCCGGAGGUCUUCUUUGCAUUUGGCUCACCCAUCGGCAUGUUUCUCACUGUCCGAGGACUGAAGAGAAUUGAUCCCAACUACAAGUUCCCCACGUGCAAGAGGUUCUUCAACAUCUACCACCCAUUUGACCCCGUUGCAUACAGGCUCGAGCCCAUGAUCGUCCCGGAUGUGGACCUGGAGCCCAUGCUGAUCCCCCAUCACAAGGGCAGGAAGAGGAUGCACCUGGAACUGAAGGACAGCCUGACGCGGAUGGGCUCAGACCUGAAGCACGGCCUCUUCUGCUCCCUACGGAACGCCUGGCAGUCAUUCACCCGGCUCCAGUCGCCCCUGCCCCAGCUGCUGCCCGACACAACCGCCGCGGCCAUCGAGUCGCCCGUCGCCGAGAGUGAAGCCGGGUCUGAAGCGGACGGGAGCGGCUCCCUGCAGGAGGAGGAGGAGAAGGAAGUCAGGAUCGGGAUGUUGAAUGGCGGACGGCGUAUUGAUUAUGUGCUUCAGGAGAAGCCCAUCGAAAGCUUCAACGAGUACCUCUUCGCUCUCCAGAGCCACCUCUGUUACUGGGAAUCUGAGGACACAGUGCUGCUAAUUCUGAAGGAAAUUUAUCAAACACUCGGCUUCAGCAUCGAGCAAGCGCAGCACUAACGAAGACCUACACCGGCAGGGAUGAGAACUUCCAACACACCCCAAUGCUGACAGGGUUGGAAUCUCCGGCCCACCAACCAUGACUCCGUUCCCUUCUUUCAAAGCCAAGCUGCUAAUCGUGAAGGUGUUGAGGAUAAUACAGACUUUCACUACCUUCUGAGGUAGCAAACAAGGUCGGUUGCCAAAUGCAUUGGAAAGCUUGUCCGCCAGACGUUUGGAUUUUGAGCGCUGCAAGGAAAUGGCGAGUGGCCUACAUCCAGCAGGCAAGGGAGCCUCUCCAAAGGUUGCAUUGUCUGUAACUCCCUGGCAGGCAUUAACAGUAGUGGCAUCCAAUUAAGAGGAUUAACUUUAAUCAGUGAUGUGGUCUACAUCACCAGCAAGAGUGUGUUCUGUGAUGGGCGCUGCGUACGGGAGCUUGACUACAGACCAGCAGUACAGACUUAUUUAACCAUUUUUAUUCUGGGUUUGAAAUGCGGAUGUACUUUUUAAUCUGAGUGUGGAUUUAAGACAGGAAAUAUCCUCAUUUAUUCGCAAUACCACUUUGCAACCGAGCAUCCCCGUGGCGUUCGUGACAGAACAUUAUCUUUGAAUUCCCAUGCACACUUCUGGAUUGUCCUUGUCACACAGUGGCGUGACGCAGUAGUGUUGGAGUAAUUGUAACUUGGUCAGAAGUGUAUUUGUCAAUGCAAAACCAUAAACUAGCACAUCUGUAACAGAAGCAGAGGGUGUUCUGUGAAUGUUAGAGAUUGUUCCACAAUGUUUCUUUUGCUGGAGGCUCCCAACGUAAUGGCUUUAGAACCAACCAAUAGCCAUGUAGAUGACGCAGUGAAGCAGCAGCCACUGCCUUCCAACUCCAGUAACGCAGGUUCAAUCCUGACCUCUGGUGCUGUCUGUAUGAUGUUCAAAGUUAAUGUAUUAUCAAUAGAAUUCCAGCCGCCCCA